AUGACCGAUUUCGCGUCGGAAGUACACGUUGACGAUUCGGAACCGUGGCAUGUAUAUCUAAAUAAAAAUCCUCCCAACACGCAUCAUUUGUUGCAAACGCUGACGCACGAGAUCGGCCACACUUUGGGUCUACAACACAGCAUGCGCAACGACUCGAUAAUGUUCCCGUAUAUAUCCGACAUCGACAAUCAAUUUCCGGUUAAGCUGAGCAUAGAGGAUAUUCUGGCUAUACAGAAUCUGUACGGGUCUCACGACGAUGGAAACUAUCCGACGGCGACUCCCGCGACCACCGCGGCGCCCGCUACGACAAGCGUCGCGCCAAUCGACCCCGCGCGCGCGGAUCUUUGCGCUUUGCGGCGCGUGGACGCCGUGCUGAUAAUGAAUCACCGAUUGUAUAUAGCUAAUCGCCGCAAUGUGUGGUCGAUCGACGUAACCGAGAGACGCUACGGUAGAUCCAUGACGCUCACGGAUUACGCGGUGUUUCUCCCGGCGAAUUUCACUCGCCUAUCCGCCGCGUAUCGAAGACCCUCGAACGAUCUCGCGCUAUUCGCAGACGAUUCGAUCUACCUCGUGGAAUAUCCCAGACUUAAGCUAAAAUCGGGUUGGCCGAGAUAUCUCCACGAUAUCGGACUUCCUCGAAAUGUUAAGAUUAACGCUGCGAUAAACACGCACACAGGACGAACCUACGCGAUCUAUGACGACGACAAGGUAGCGGAGAUCGACGAGUGUCGCAUGAUAGUCAUUAGACACGCUUCGUUAAAAGAUAUAUUUCCCGGAAUACCGCCUGCGAUAACGUCGGCCUUUUGA